AUGGGUGGCUUUGCCGGAGGCCUCGGUGGAGGACAUGGCGGUGGCCACGGUGGUGGAGGUGUCCUACUGAAGGGCAGAUUUAGCGGAGGCUUCGGCGGUGGACUAGGCGGCGGCCAUGGCUUUCACAGCGUUCAAGCUCUACAAGGACCCACGUACCUAGUUAAGACAGUUCAUCACGUCCACAAGCUCCACGGUGGUGGUGGGCAUCUUGGAGGACACGGUGGAAGCUUCGGUGGCGGCUUCGGCAGCGGCCACAAGGUCGUUUUUCUCGGUGGUCAUGGACACGGUUGGCAUGGACGCUAA